GGGGUUCAGACGAGGUUGCCCAAUCUAGAUCUGCGCCGCACUAGUGCUGCACGUAGCGUCCGUACCGGCAAUAUCAUUGACUGUAUGCCUAUUGGGUCCCCCUUUUCCGUUACCGUUUGGCGUUAUCGGGAUCACCAACUCAUUUGUCAGUAUAGUUAUUGAUUAUGCCAGGGAUUGGAACUUUGGUUACAAACUUGCUACACGGAAACACAAUCCGGAUCUAAACCGGAAAGUGUUGACAUUGCACAGUGACUACACCGUGCUUGUGAAAUGACUGUGACAACCAUGACUGGGCCCAUCGCCAGCUGUUACUAGGAAUCUGUCAUGCGUAAAAGCACGGAUGGCUGCUACAAAACAGUACUAGACAAAAUGUACGAACAGCAUAUGGGCAAUAUUCACUCUAUUUAUUGUUUCACGUGUAGUUCUGCGCCACUACGUGCACAAACAAUUCAUCAUGAUGAAAUUACGCUGACUACACGACCUACGUGCUAAAGUUUACUUCCUGCUAUGAGGUCCGGACACGAAAAGAGACUGCACGUCAUGUCUUCCGUCUAUACAUGACAGUUAGAAUGUUGUCUCAUCGACUGAGUUCAGCUUAUGUCUUCUGUCGCCAACUCUACCGCCUAGCUGUUGUAUAGGCCUACCGUCGGAUUGUCGUCCAAGAAACAUGUGUGGGUCGCCGUGUAGCCCUCGCCGUGCCUGGUCAUGGUUCGUGGUCCAUUUCCCGCCUCAUCUCACGGACUUCGGCCUGAGAGAAGAUGCUACACUCUUCAUGCAGUCCCAGUGGCCCAUACGCCAAUCCAUUUUCCUCGCCUACCGAGCCUUCCUGGCCUGCUACACCUUAGCCUGGCUCAUCAUGUCUAUCGUCAACGCCGGUCAGACUACAGGGCUGGGCGGGUUCUUUGUCUUCCUGACCAACUGGACCUACAUCAUGCUCAGCUUGUACCUCGUCUGUGCAUUUAUAUCCACGGCAUAUGCCUCGUACAGGCUGAGGUCAAGGCGCCCUCCGGAUGUUAAUCGCAACAAAGCUGGGCCUACUACUCUUCAUGAACCAGAAAGCAACGCUAACUACAAAGCAUCAACUUCAGCAGAUCCAGAUCCUGAGGCGCCCGGACCGAGCGGCGAAGCCGGGCCUCAGAUUAGUAUCCCACGCUCCCCGUUCUACUUCAAGAUCACCUGGAUCCUCUUCAACAUCUGCUUAGCCUUCGGUCCAAUCAUCAGCAUUAUCUACUGGGCCUUCAUCUUCGAUCCAGCCUUCGUCUAUGCCAAUCAGGGUGGCUCUUAUGGCGUUGCGCUGACCGUCCACCGCCACGCUUUCAACACGGUCUUCGCGUACCUGGACCUUUCCGUUUCGGCCAUACCGAUCCGAUUUUGGCAUUUCGCGUACCCCUGUGGGUACGGCAUACUGUACGUGUUCUUCUCCUUGAUCUACUACUGGGCGGGAGGGACGAACCCUUACCUUGACAGCCCGGCCAUCUACCCGACCCUCUUAGACUGGACAAACCCGGGGAAGACGGUCCUUGUGGUCAUGGGCUUCGUGCUCGUUCUCAUCGUCUUCCAGUCGGUCGCCUUCGGUUGCUGCAAGCUGCGCGUGUACGUGGCGGGAAGGUUCCACGUGCUGACUCGAGUGCAGCCGCACGCGCAGACUCUGAGUAAUGAGCACCACGACACGGACGAGGAAAACCAGGAAACGGAUGUUGUGUGAACAGUAUAAUGACUACUUUCAAUGUUGGGUUAU